AUGGCCAACUUUGCAGACUUUGCUAAAAAUCGCGCCGCGCCGUCCAAAUACAGGAAUCACACAGGAGAGAAAACCAUUGAGUGUUCUGAUUGUGGGAAAUGUUUCUGUGAUCAUUCCAACUUGGUGAUUCACCAAAGGACUCACACAGGAGAGAAACCAUUUGAAUAUACUGAUUGUGGGAAAAGUUUCAGUACGAAUUCCAGCCUGGUUAGACACCAGAGGGUUCACACAGGAGAGAAACCAUUUGAAUGUUCUGAGUGUGGAAGACGUUUCAGUCUGAAUUCCAGUCUGGUUAAACACCAGAGGACUCAUACAGGAGAGAAACCCUUUAAAUGUCCUGACUGUGGGAAAAGUUUCAAUCUGAAUUCCAGCCUUAUUGGCCAACAGAGGAAUCACACAGGAGAGAAAACCUUUAAAUGUUCUGGCUGUGGGAAACGUUUCAGUCAGAAUUCCAACCUCAUUUGCCACCGGAGGAUUCACACCGGAGAAAAACCUUUUGAAUGUCCUGAUUGUAGAAAAAGUUUCAGUCAGCAUUCCAACCUGGUGACGCACCAGAGGACUCACACAGGAGAGAAAUCCUUUAAAAGACCUGACUGUGGGAAAAGUUUCAGUCUGAAUUCCAGCCUUAUUGGCCACCAGAGGAAUCACACAGGAGAGAAAACCAUUGAGUGUUCUGAUUGUGGGAAAUGUUUCUGUGAUCAUUCCAACUUGGUGAUUCACCAAAGGACUCACACAGGAGAGAAACCAUUUGAAUAUACUGAUUGUGGGAAAAGUUUCAGUACGAAUUCCAGCCUGGUUAGACACCAGAGGGUUCACACAGGAGAGAAACCAUUUGAAUGUUCUGAGUGUGGAAGACGUUUCAGUCUGAAUUCCAGUCUGGUUAAACACCAGAGGACUCAUACAGGAGAGAAACCCUUUAAAUGUCCUGACUGUGGGAAAAGUUUCAAUCUGAAUUCCAGCCUUAUUGGCCAACAGAGGAAUCACACAGGAGAGAAAACCUUUAAAUGUUCUGGCUGUGGGAAACGUUUCAGUCAGAAUUCCAACCUCAUUUGCCACCGGAGGAUUCACACCGGAGAGAAACCUUUUGAAUGUCCUGACUGUGGGAAAGAUCUCAGUACUAGGGUUAACCUUAUAAAUCAUGUCCUUAUACACACGGGGGAGAAACCGUUCAAGUGCCCUGAGUGUGGACAGUGCUUCAGGCAACAAUCCACCCUUAUCACACACAGGAAAAUCCACAUGAGGCCUCAAGUAAGAAGUGUAGAGAAGUGUAAUUUGACUACAAAGAAUUUGUAAUGGGGAAAAGAAAAAAUUGGAACAUAUUACUUUGAUAAUGGUUAUCUGGUCUUCAGCAUAAGUAGUUGCUAGAUAUUUAUUUUUGUAGAAAUUGGGCAAUUAUGUAAAAAUCUUUUUGGGAGUGUUCUUUGCGUUUUUGUGAUGGUAGAUGAUAGAAUUUCCAUGUUCCAGGAGUCCCAAUCUUUUUCUUCCUGGGUGCCCCAAAGAUUUUCAACCUCAGAAUUUUCCAGCCAGCAUCUCUUGGGGAUUGGAGCUGUGAGACUAUAGUUAAGAGAUCGUAGCUUCUCAUAUAAGGAGAAAGCAAGAGGAGAAGAACGGGGGUUCAAAGUUUAUCUUUUCCUAACAGUUUCAGGAAUUCAGUGCACCAAGUGUGUAUGUUCAAAUUGUGUCAAGAAUGAGGCACACAACUGGAAGAAACCAUAUGAACAGCAAAUAUGUUGGGGAGGUUGGGACAGUGACAAAAGCAGUGUAAAAUUUCAGAUGUAAAGGCUGUUCUGCCCUGCAGGUGACUUUCCCAUGGUUCAAGAGCCAUAAGAAGCAAUUAGAUUGAAACAUGUCAGUUUCUACAUUCUCCUCAGAUUUUAUUCCAUUGGUGGUACAUGCUUUAAAACGGGUUCUCCGUCAUAUUAUGGUUGACUUGUGAUUUUAUGGACAUUUUCUUUCCUUGGAAACAAUACGGAACUGAUAAUGCCACUGCUGUGAUUUUUUAAAACUUCUAUAUCUAGAAAACAAACACAAGGUUUCCUAGUGGUGCACCAUCCAUUUAUUAUCCUGGACCUGGCAAAGGAAUGUACCUGACCACCCAGGUACAAUAGCAUGUUUCCCUCCUUCGGGGCAAAAGUUUCUUACCUGGGCCAGUGCACUGGGUUACCUGGUCCUGGGCCUUCAGUUGUUGACUCUCCCUCCUCCUUUGAUUUUGUGGACCAGAGUUGUCAAUUUAGUUUGGCUGAGAGCCUGCAACUGGAAGCUAGGUCUCAGAUAACUCUAGGUAGUUUAAAUCAACCGGCACCCCCCAAGAAUUUACUGAGAAAAGCAACCCCUUGAGGCCCUUGAGCUCCACAUUGGGUGCCAAGAUUGUGAGAUACAAAACCCCCAAAUGGUAUACUCACAAUGUGAAGACAGAUCUGGUUCACAAUUCAAAGUUUUAUUUCAAAAAGCGUUUGCGAAGGCGGCCUCCAAGUUUCUUCCCAACGGAUUGGGUACAAGGAGAGCAAAGCACAAUUUUCAAUCCAUACAUUUUAUAACCUCCCCACAAUGCACAUCAUGCCUAAGAAACUACCGCUAAACCCUCCUAUUCUACUAAGUCACUCUUUUAAGUCAUUCUAUAUUCUAAAGGGUCAUCAUGACAAUUUCUCCAGAGGAACAGAUAUUUUAUCUUUUUUACCAGUAUUUUCGUCCUGGGCGGAUGUUCCUAUCUAACUGAAUUGUGGCCUUGCCUUGGGUGUAUCUUCCUGUUUUCCAAGAAACAUUUUUAGCAAGUCAUCCUGUACUGUUUCACUGAUUACAAUUUGUGGUUAGUUUGCAACAGGAAGAGUGUCAUAGCUUUUUAAUACAUUAAACACUUUUAUAAAAGUGUAACUUAUUAUUCAUUUCCUUCACACUGGUGCUGAAAAAGUAGACUUACAAUUGUUUCUCAAAGUUGAGGCUAUCAUAGUUAUUUGGGGCUGGCCCGAUAGUUGCGGUGUUCCACAGUCAUGGAAUCACUAUUUGGAACCUUCACAAUUGGCUUUCAACAAAUAGUGACCACUCAACAGCACUCUUUUUUACAUGACCAUUGCAGUAUCCCCAUAGUAACAUGAUCAAAAUUCAGAUGCUUGGCAAAACAUCCGUAUGUCAAUCCUGAAGCCCUUUUGGAGCAUCUUCAGGGCUGACACAGCAAGACUUGUUGGAGCUCUGGGAAUGGGAGGGGGGAGUAGAGAUAGCUGGGGACUUGUAGCCAAAAUAAAAUUCUUUCUCCUGGGAACCACCUGGGA